AUGGAUACUUUUUUAAACAUUUAUUCAUUUAUUGGCUCAAUAUCACUUUAUGCGUUUAAAUAUUUUAAUAUAUUUUUUAAAAGUGACAAAAUAAAAAAUCUUUUGGAACUAAUACAAUACGAUUGGGAUUCUUUAAAGGAGAAAGAAGAACUUAAAAUUAUGCACAAACGCGGUAAUACCGGAAUACAUUUCACAUUCGUUUUAAUAAUAUUAAUAUAUGCAAUGACAUUUCUGUGUGGAUUAACACUUUUUUGGCCAACCAUUUUUGACAUCAUAAUACCUUUGAACGAAUCGCGCCAGUCGUGGAAUUCUUCGAAGACGAUGGAAUACUUUAUUAAUCAGAAGAACUACAUUUAUUUGUUAUUUGUUUACUUGGUUUUGAUAAACUUCAUUGGUGCUACCAUAUUGAUAACUAUAGAUUCGUUCGCUAUAAUGUGUAUACAACAUGCUUGCGCAAUGUUUCAGAUCACCAGUUAUCGAAUUGAAUGCAUCGUAAACAAAAGGCAAAUAAAAUCAUUAGCCAUUUCAAAAAAGUCUGACACUUAUAAAAACAUCGCAAAAGUCAUCGAUAUUCAUCUAAGAGCCAUCAAAUUCGUCGAUACUAUGAAAUCCAUUUAUGAAAUUAUCCACUUGAUCUUAAUUCCUAUAGGCGUGACUGUGUUUAGCAUUAAUCUGUUUCGUUUUUGUGAAUACCUUGUAGCAGAUACUAAAGACUUUGGCAUAAUUAUAACGUUCUGGUUCGUUAUUUCUAAUAUCUGCUAUUUAUUCAUCAAUAAUUACAUUGGUCAACAAAUAAUAGAUCACAGCAACAAUGUAUUUAAAAAAAUAUGCAGUAUUCGAUGGUACGCGACUUCAUUAUAUACGCAAAAAUGUCUUUUGAUGAUGAUGCAGAGAAGUAUGAAAAGUUCCACACUAAGCGUCGCUUCUGUAUUUUUACCAUCUUUGGAAGGCUUUGCUACGCUCAUCAACACAUCACUAUCAUAUUGUAUGGUAAUUUAUUCUAGACGCCAGUCAUAAUUACAAAAUAGAAUGAAGUAAUCGACAAAUAUUUCUUAUAUUAAAUAGAAACUCACAUCUUUAGAAACUUGUUAUCCAACUAUUCAUAUCGUUUCUAUUCUAAUAAGUUUUUUUUUAUUGAGUUGAGAGAAACGAGUUAUAAUAUUUCUUUAAAUAAUUAAAGUAAAUAGCUUGAGUAGUUCAUACGACUUGCU